AUGUAUGCGGGAAUAGCAUUAUCCCCUGGUGAGUUAACGGACAAAACAGACAAAACAAUGAGAACAACACCACCUGGUGAGUUAGAGAAUGCAUUCAAUGACGAUUCUGUGAAAGCAUUCCUUGAUAAAAAUGAAGCAGCUGUACAAAUCUACGAUGAUGUUGGUCAUCAGCAGAUAUAUUUUGUUAGUCAGUAUGUUGAGUAA